AUGUCAGAGGCAGUCGAACCUUCGGAAUGGCAACCAGAUUGGCUUUCUGAUUUGGUGAACAGAUCAGCAAGAUCGGCCAUAUUAUUGACACCCUCUACAAGUGACCAGACAGAAGGAUACCUCCCAGCACCAUCUGAACAGCAAAAUGCUCCAACCAAUUCAGGGAACUCUGCCAAUGCGACUCAACCGCGUCUCGCAGACUCCGAGUCUACUCAUAUCUUUGACUAUCGCGAAGAAACUCGUCUCCCUGUGACUCCCAGUGGAGAAAGAAGUGUCCAGAGGACAUUGAAAGGGAUACAUUUAUUUAUGAUCACAGUCAAUGCAACGCUCGGAACAGGACUUUACUGGCGUGGCGGUCAAAUACUUGAACUAGGUGGCCCUUUGGCAGUGCUUGUAGCUUUCCUCGUUGUUGGAUUGCUAUCAUGGGCCGUCAUGCAAUGCAUUACUGAAAUGUUGUGCAUUUGGCCAAUACCUGGCGCACUAUCGGUAUAUGUGAGCCAGUUCGUUGACGAAGAGCUGGGUAUUACUGUCGGUAUCACUUACUGGUUCACAUACUCAAUGUCGUUCUCUACGUUAGUGGCAACUUCGGCCGCGGAAUUCAAUUUCUGGCGCGGUAUUAACGACAGUCGAACUAUCCAAGGCGUGGUCAUAUACUUCUUGAUCCCACUCCUAUUGGUUCUCCUUAAUACAAUGCGUAUUCAGAUAUAUGGAUGGCUAGAGGUUGCUACAGGAAGUUUGAAAAUAUUCUUUCUUAUUUUCAUUAUCAUUGCCCUCAUCGCGAUUAACAUCGGGGCGGGUUCGAAAGAGAGUCUCCACUAUGGCGCUGAGAAUUGGGGCUCACCUACCGACUUCGAUAGAGAUGCAGCCGAUAACUGGGUCAUUUCCCUGCUCAUGAGCAUAUCGAUUGCAACGUUUGCAUAUGUAGGAGUUGAAGUCGUUUCCUCAUCUGUGCUUGAAGCAAAGUCACCAAAUCAUUCCAAGGGCGGAGGUAACCCGUUCAAGUUUUCUGCUAUCUACAUUCCAGUAUUCGCGACAGUUGCAUAUUGCCUCAGUGGGCUGGCUUCCCCGGAUCUAAACAAAGAUGACAAAUCUCCAAGUCGUGCUGCCUUUGUUGUGAUUGCUUUUGCUUCCAACAUUCCCGGGCUGGAUGACACUUUCAACGCCUUUUUGGUAUUUACCUGUCUUUCCUGCGCAGCCACUAAUCUAUACGUCGCCUCACGAACAUUGUUUGGUUUAACCAGUCGGUUGGAAGGUGGUGAAGGCCGGCGGUGGUACUUACGUGUCCUUGCUUCGUUUGGGACAACGGACGGUCGUCAGGUACCUUUACGGGCUAUGAUAUUCUCUGCAGUUGCGUUCUGGUGGGUUCCUUUUCUGCAGCUCAUUCGCGGAACUAAAAGCGCUCGGUCCUCUGUCAAUACGUUUGUUGAAGUGCUAAGUGAAAUGGCAUCUGUAAGUGUUUUGCACGUUUGGGCUUGCGAAUGUCUAGCAUUUAUUCGCUUUUAUCGGUGCAUCUAUCAACAUCGGGAAUAUCUUGAGCGUGAAAACAUCGCUCUGGUUCAGCGCUGGAGUGUAAAAAAUUAUUCCGACUACCCGUACCGCAGUUAUGGACAGCCACUGCUUGCAUAUCUAGCACUGUUUGGAUGUAUAUUUGUUUUGUUGGUGGCUAAUGGAGCUGCAUUGUGGAACGGCUUCCACCUUUUACCUUUCCUUGCCUCAUACCUAACUGUCAUUGUCUUCAUUGGCAUUUGGAUUCUGUUGAAGAUUUUUCGGUCGGCUCCGUGGUCUUUCGUCGAUCUUUCACAACCUAAAAGAGUUGCCGAGAUAUUCAGACAUCUGCAUGAUAUCCGCUUGGGUGUGACGGAUUCUACAGAGGAUAUUUCGGAAGGUUAG